AAACUUGAUAACCAUUUUCCUUUUGUCGCAUAAACCAAUUCACCUGCAAUGACCACUCAAGCUUCCACCUUCGCUUUCUCCGUUUCUUCCGUCGCUUCCCCUCUCCGGCGCCGCCGCAAUCCCACCGUCGUACGAGCUCAAGAAAUAAUAUGCUGGUUCUUUCAGUGGAACCAUCGGAUAAAUCCGUUGAAAUUAUGAGGAAGUUCUCAGAGCAAUAUGCCCGGAAAUCUGAAACAUUCUUUUGUGUUGACAAAGGAGUAACUUCUGUUGUUAUCAAGGGGUUGGCUGACCAUAAAGAUUCAUUGGGUGCGCCAUUGUGCCCUUGCCGGCAUUAUGACGAUAAAGCUGCCGAGGCUGCGCAUGGAUUUUGGAAUUGCCCGUGUGUUCCCAUGAGAGAGAGGAAGGAGUGCCAUUGCAUGCUUUUUCUCACUCCUGAUAACGAUUUUGCCGGCAAUGAACAGACUAUCACAUUGGAUGAAAUUAAAGAAUCAACAGCAAAUAUGUAACACAGAUUAUUGUGUAUCAAUAAUGUACUUGUGUUAAUUGUUUCAAUCUGUAUCUUUUGAAAGACAAUGGAAGAGAAAGGUGUAACGAUAUGUAGGUAAUAUAUUUUCUAUUUACCAAAAAUCACAUGUAAUUUUUUCAUCUGUGCUCUUUCUAAAUGGCCUAACUCAUACUGUGACAUAUUCAUUUCACAACUGCAUAAAGCAGGUGUUUAGAAGAGUUACUUCAACUUAUCUUACAAUAUAAAUAUAUGGAAAAGAAAAUGAUAAAAAUAA